AUGUCGUUCGACCUCCGCUCCAUCCCGAUUCCGUCCCUCGAUCGCCCCUUUGGUGUUGAGCUAUGGCCACUCUUCUCCAAAGCCUACACGGCAGUCGCGGGGUUUUCACCGGAAGAAUUCAGCUUCACCCAAGGUCAGACGCCCAUGUCGACGUUGAACGGAACUCUCAUCUCGCUCGCGUCCUACUACGUCAUUGUGUUUGGAGGUCGAGAAAUCAUGAGGAACCGCCCCGCGAUGAAGUUGAACGGCAUCUUCCUCAUACACAAUCUAUACCUAACUUUAAUCAGUGGGACCUUGCUGGCUCUGUUUAUUGAACAAUUGCUGUCGACUCUAUGGAGGAAUGGCAUUUUUUAUGCCAUUUGUAAUGUCAAUGGGGGCUGGACAGAACCCCUGGUUGUUCUAUACUAUUUGAACUAUUUGACGAAAUACCUCGAGCUCCUCGACACGGUCUUUCUCGUCCUCAAGAAGAAGCCUCUCACCUUCCUCCAUACCUACCACCAUGGCGCUACAGCCCUCCUCUGCUACACACAAUUGAUCGGCCACACAGCAGUCUCCUGGGUGCCCAUCACCUUGAACCUCCUGGUCCAUGUCGUGAUGUACUGGUACUACUUCCAGAGCGCCCGCGGCAUCCGCAUCUGGUGGAAGAAAUGGGUCACCAUCCUCCAGAUCGUGCAGUUCGUCAUUGACUUGGGAUUCGUGUACUUCGCCUCCUACACCUACUUCACCUCCACCUAUUUCCCUUACAUGCCCAACGCCGGCAACUGCGCCGGCGAGGAAUUCGCCGCUUUCUCCGGCCUAAUCAUCCUCUCCUCCUACCUCCUCCUCUUCAUCUCCUUCUACUUCGCGACAUACAAGAAAGCAGGCAAAAGUGGCCGCCCACGUAGAAACACUGGAAAACAGGCUGUCAUCGAUAUGCGCAAUCUGGAGAUUCCUUCGGUUGGCGGGAAACCUGCUUCUAGCACCACGACGAAGACCAAUGGCAUUGCUAAUGGCAAUGGUUAUGCCCACCUCGAGAAUGGCUCAGCGACCUCCACAGCGCGUUCGAACGGGGGCCCCGUCACGCGGUCCAGAAAGGCCUAGUUAGGUUAAAUGCUAAAUUUAUCUCAUGGCUUUCUUUUGGGAAUGGAAUAUAGAGGAACACCCCAACGAAGAGAAAAGAAGGUAAAUAGAGGGUAUUGAACAUAGGCAAGCAAAAUGGCGAAUACCGGCAUCAAAAAUAUGAAACAAUAUUGGUCGAGGGGGGGAAAAAAAAAGAAGAAGCUCCAAUGCUUCCCUUAAUUUUUCUUAGCCCGACGUUCACACUGCUCGCCAGCCGCAAAUCGCCAACCGCCAUUCAACGAGUGCGGGUCUUUUAUCGUUUGAUCUUCCUCAUUUCCCCCCCUUUUUUAUAUAUUUAUAUUUACGUACUUUUUUUUUUUUUGGUCAAAAUCUAAUUAAUCAACCUUUGUUGCUUUCCAUCUGGCCACAUUGGAUGAGAUUAAUUUGCAUGCCAUUGUUCGAG